UAAGAAGCCAUUCAACGGUCUCCAAAAUAUUAAAACAUUUUUGUUUUUAUAAUUUUAAUCUGACCAUAUUGAGUUAUAGUUAGUGUUAACAGUUCAGUUGUGAUAAUUCUGUCAAUUCAAUACAUAGAGUGUUUGGAUGUGCGGAUUGAACUAAAACACGAACGUUAACUGAAAUUUUAAAUCGUGCAUAAACCUUAACAACAACUACAACAACGACAAAUCACAACAACUCUACGCCUCCAAUAACAAAUAAAAUUGAAAUAAAUUUAAAGAAAUCAAUUCAAAAUUUAAAGUUUAAUUGACUCUUUAACACGGAAAAAUUGAGGAAGAAGAACUAAAACAACCACAAACACAACGAAUGUUUAAAUUGUUUAUUUAAUAUUCUUUAUAAAUUUAUUCUGAAUACAACAUUACUGGGUUAAACAACAAAGAACUACUGUGUUUAUAUUUUCGUUAAAAAUAAAAAUAAAUUGUUAAUUGGAAAGAAAAAAUGUUUAAACCAUCAAUUUCUUUGUUGCCCCUAAUUUUAGCCGUGUUUGCUUUUGUCAUUUGUAAUGGUCAAGCCCCAGUGGAGAAGUUAAAAGUUUUAGUUUUAUACGAGUCUUUGUGCCCAGACAGUAUACGUUUUAUCGGCCGUCAAUUGGGUCCCAACUAUGAUGUGUUAAAGGAUUACAUUGAUAUAUCUUUGGUGCCAUUUGGAAAAUCUUAUUCCAAAAAUAAUGGCGCCCAAUUCUUUUGCCAACACGGUCCUCGUGAGUGUUUUGGCAAUCGCCAGCAAUCGUGUGUUCUACAACAAACCAAAGAUCAAUUGAGUCAAGUUAAAUUCGUCGUUUGUCAAAUGACCAUUCCAGAUAAUUCCAAUGUAAACUAUUGCGCCGAAUCAGUUGGCCUCUCAAGUGACAUUGACACCUGCAUGAAUACCGAAUUGGGAACAUUACUGCAAUUGGAAGCUGAACGCAUAACUCACUCAUAUCGGAUAAGUUUUGUACCGACCAUAAUUUACGACGGUGUUUUCGAUCAACAAUUACAGGACAGUUCAUUACGUGAUUUUCGCGGUACAGUUUGUGGUCUCUUACAAAAAAGGGGAACUAUUUCCUUUCACGAUGCGGUGUGUCAAUAACAUCUCGGCACUAACUUUUGCCUGAAACACCACAUACCACAACGCAAUUUUAAGUUAAAGAUCCAGUUUUAUCAGUUGUUUUAUUUUUUUGUGUAAUUGUUAAAAAAAAUUUAAUAAAGAAAACAUAAAAAAUUGAUUUAA